AUGGCGUUCUCUGGAGACGACGGUCUGCUUCUUAAUUUUGGCUUCCCAUUGACGCUCACCGGAUUCAGCGCAGUUGCGCUGUGCGGUCUACUUCUCUCGCGGCUCCUUGCUCGACAGCGUUCGCAAAGCAUUGAAGGCCCGGGCCGUCUCCAUGCCUUCUUUAUCUUCUGCUACUGCUGCUUCAUCAAGUCCCAUAAUGGCGGGGAUCGUGGUAGCCAGCAGACGUUCCUUGAAAGCUUCUACAAGAAGCAGGCAUCUGUCUAUGACACCACGCGGAGCCGCUUGCUUCAAGGGAGAACUGAGAUGCUUGCAUUAGUCGCCGCCCAGCUGAAGGCAAAGCCCAAGAGCGAGCGCAUCUGGGUUGAUGUUGGUGGAGGGACAGGAUGGUGCAUCGAGGCUAUGUAUUCCUUUGUCAAUGUGCCAGAGUUCUUCUCAACUAUUUAUCUGGUUGAUCUAUCUCCAUCUCUCUGCGAGGUUGCGCGACAGCGGUUCCGCCGUCUCGGCUGGAAGAACGUCCAGGUGGUUUGCGAGGAUGCAAGGACAUUUUGCCCACCGCGAAAGGCUAAUCUUAUCACCAUGUCGUAUAGCCUAUCCAUGCUUCCUGAUUACUAUCCGGUCAUCGACUCGCUCACCUCGCUUCUCGCCGCCGACGGGGUGAUUGGCGUUGUUGACUUUUAUGCUCAGUCUCGUCUGGAUUUUGGAGGGCGAAACUACAUUGGAAGCCACACUGGACGACACGUUAACUGGCUUUUGCGGAGCUUUUGGCGUGCCUGGUUCCAUCUAGACCACAUAUGGCUUGACGCUGGUCGUCGGGACUAUAUGGAGUUUAGAUUCGGCACCCUCCUCACAGUAAACGCUCGCAACCGCACUCUCGGUUGGAUACCGUACUACAUCUGGCUUGGGCGUCCUAAAAACGCAGAGAUCAGUCCGCAAAAUACAGACCAGAUGCUCUGUUCUGAGGAACUGGCAAUCCAGAACCAAGCAGCGAAUAUUCCCCUGCCGUCUUCUUUCUACCAGAAUCAUUCGUGGCGCGCUUAUUAUGACGACCAGCUCCCAAAGCACACUCAGUUUAAAGACGAGUAUAUCUACGCCUUUACCUGGGAAGACUCGCGCCAAGACCAUAGUCUACUCAACCUGAGCGCGGACGAUGUAGUGCUUGCAAUGACAAGCGCUGGCGACAAUAUUCUUUCAUAUGCCACAAAAAGCCCCGCGAGAAUCCAUGCCGUCGACCUUAAUCCGGCCCAGAAUCACCUCCUUGAGCUCAAGAUGGCUUGCUAUAGCGCAUUGCCCUAUGAAGACUUUUGGAUGCUCUUCGGCGAGGGAAGACACCCUGACUUUCAUCAUCUGCUUCUCAACCACAUCUCGCCCCAUCUUUCCAGCCGUGCGUUCCAGUACUGGCUCGACCACGCCUAUGUAUUCGAUAGGCCCGGGAGUUCAGGUUUGUAUGACACCGGCGGAUCUCGCCACGCCCUCCGCGUCAUUCGCUGGGUCUCUAGUAUUUUGGGCCGUCGAACUGCUGUAUGCCAGCUACUCGCCGCCGACAGCCUUUCUGAGCAGGUCAACAUUUGGCAAACCCUGAUCCGCCCUGCUCUGCUAUCACCCCUGCUCUGCAAACUGGUCGUCAGCCAGAAAAAGUUUCUAUGGAAAGCCUUGGGCGUCCCUAAAAAUCAACUUGCAAUGAUCGAGAGCGACUACAAAGCCGCUGCAGGUGCCAGCUGCAACAUCCGUUCCCGAGCCAUCUGGCACUACAUGGUCGAUACUGUCGACCCGGUGGCCCAGCAGACACACAUAGGCAGCGACAACCCUUACUACUAUGUCUGUUUGGCUGGCAAAUAUAGCCGGACCUGCCACCCCGAGUACUUAUCCUCAGAAGCGCAUGCCAUGCUCUCCCAGUCCGGCGCCUUAGACAAUCUUCACAUCCAUACCGAUGAGGUUACCAAGGUACUUAGCCGCUUUAGCCCAGAUACUCUAACGGUUGCUGUUCUCAUGGACAGUAUGGACUGGUUUGACCAAGAGGGCGAGUCUGGCCCCGAGCAGAUUAUCCGGCUUAACCGUGCGAUGAAGAUGGGGGGCCGCGUAUUGCUGCGAUCUGCAGCUCUCCAGCCCUGGUAUAUUGCGGCAUUUACGACGCGCGGCUUUACGGCUGAACGUGUUAGUGCUCGAAUUGAGGGUGCAUGUAUUGACCGGGUUAAUAUGUAUGCCUCUUGCUGGAUCUGCACCAAGGUGGAGGACUUGUCGGCAGGUCAAACAUAG